AUGGCUGCACGCUCAGAUGAUCCCCGCACAGGUGUAUUGUUCUCCGCGCAGCGCGUGGAGGAUGCCCAUAUUGUGAUCAUUGGAUUUCCUUUUGAUGAAGGGUGUGUACGCAACGGUGGACGUGCCGGUGCUGCUAAGGGCCCCACCGCGUUUCGGACAUUUUUGAACAAGUUGGGGACUGUGAAGAACAUGGAGCUCGAUGUAGACGCCAGUCAUGUGAAGCUCUUUGAUGCUGGUGAUAUCACUGCAGAUACGUUGGAAGCGGCACAUGCAAAGUUGGAGAAAAAAGUUGCCGAGGUCCUCGCCAUGGGGGCGUUUCCCUUUGUGAUUGGAGGUGGGAAUGACCAAUCGGCUCCCAAUGGUCGUGCGCUGCUGCGCGCCUUUGAUGGGGAUGUGGGUGUCAUUAAUAUCGAUGCUCAUUUGGAUGUUCGGCCGCCUCUCUCUGACGGGAGGGUUCACAGCGGCACUCCUUUUCGUCAACUUCUUGAGGAGAAAAGUUUCUCAGGAAGUCGGUUUGUGGAGUUCGCAUGUCAAGGAUCACAAUGUAGCGCGAUACAUGCGGAGUUUGUGAAGAGUCACCAGGGUCAUCUCAUGUGGCUGAGCGAGGUACAGAAAAAGGGUGCUGUCGCAGCUUUGGAAGAUGCCUUCAGGCUGACUGGAAAGAACACUUUCUUCUCUUUUGAUGUGGAUUCCCUGCGGUCCAGUGAUAUGCCUGGCGUCAGCGCUCCGGGUGCUGUUGGUCUAAGCGCGCAGGAGGCCUUUGAUAUGUGCUUUGCAGCUGGUAAGAACCCGUCAGUGAAGCUGAUGGACAUGAGCGAGUUGAAUCCCGUUGUGGAGGACUACCGUUCCCCGCGUGUUGCUGCUUACAUGCUGUACCAUUUCAUUCUGGGGUUCGCCACACGGCCAAAAUUGAGAGUGUAG